CUAAUUCACGACUCCAGAGACUCUUUUAAUUUCGGCGAACUUGUUUGAUUUGCGUCCGCAAAAACCCUUCAUUCUGAUCAGUAAUCAAGGUAAACAUUCUUCCUUACCCCCAUCUAAUCCCCUCUCGAAUUCGUAAAUCCACGAUAACUAGGAUCGAAACAGCAAUGGCGUCGCCUUUCCAGGUGAACUCCAACGCUUUGUUCCUCUGCGGCACCGCCGAGGGAGCCAUCGCGGUGGUGGACACCGUCACUGAUCUCAAUUCCGCUGCCUGCCCCUCCGAUCAGUGGAGCAUCGUCGCCGCCGCCGCAACCGAAACCUCCACCAUCACCUCCACAAUCAGCCCUAAUGUACACAAUGCGCUAGAAAUAUUCGGCGCCGUAAUCGAAGGCGACAAGCUGAACAACUUGCGCGAAGAGCUCUUCGAUUCCCGAAUCUUGGUCAACCGCGACGGCUACCAGGUCAAGUACGUGGACAACCACAACACGCAGAACGCGUCUACUGCUGGACUUGUGAAGCUCAACGACGUGUUCGGAUGGGCCAGGUACGGUGUGAAACGGCCGGCGGAAACAGAGGCAUCAGCCGUCCCCACCGUGUGGAACCGCUACGCUGUGGCCGGAGGGGAGGUGGUGGUUGAUUACAUGGCUGAGGAGGCAAGGCAGAAGGAGAUGGCGGCGAGGCUGGAAAAACAGGGGAGGGAUUUGGAGGACAGUAAAAAGCUUGUGAGGGAGAAGGAAGGCGAGAUAGAACGGUUCAGGAAAGCUUUGGAAGAGAAGAACAGAGCAACUAAGGAGCAUAUCAAGAUUAUAAGGGAGAAAGAAGGCGAGAUUGAUCGUCUGAAGUCGGCAUUGGAAGAGAAGAAUGGAAAGAUUAAGGAGUAUAAUGGAGUUGUAACGGAGAAGGAAGGAAAGAUUGAGGGGCAAAGCAGAGUCAUAACGGAGAAAGAAGGCAAGAUAAAUUGGCUAAACAGAGUGAUCGAGGAACAAAUGAGAGUUGUAAUGGAGAAUGAAGGCGAGAUGAACCGGCUUAGCAGAGUGACCGAGGAGCAAAGCAGAGUGAUAAUGGAGAACAAAUGCGAGGUGAGUCGGCUUAGCAGAGCGAACGAGGGGAAUCGCAGAGUUAUAAGAGAGAAGGAAGCGGAGAUUGAAAGAGUUAGAAGGGAGAAGGACAUGGAGAUUGAGAAUUUGAAGUGGAGGAAAGAGCAGGAGAAGAAGAGAAUGGCUGAUGAGAAUAGCAGAGUUGUAGGGCAGAAGGAAGCCAGGAUUGAGGAGCAAAAGAGGGUUAUGAAGGACAAGGACAUGGAGAUUGAGAGGCUGAAGCUGAUGUUGCAGAAGAUGGAACAAGAUAAGAAGAAGAAUGAUGAUAUGGUUAAGAAGGCUGAGGAGGGCUCGGUUGGGAGCAAGAAGAAGAAUGAUUUCAAUGCAGCUGGAUUCGUUUAUGAGUUGUUUUAGGCAGAGUGCAGGAUUUGUUACGGUAAUUUUUUGUCAUUGCUGAUUUCGUAGUUGGAUCUUAUGGCACGAUAGAUGUUAUCAUUCUUAUGUUAUUAGUAUUACUCGUUUUCUUGUAUUCAUUCAAUUUCACAAAGCAAUAGUACAUUCUGAUUGUUCCAGUGUCUUUUACACAAGCAAACCAGGGAUAAAUGUUCAUAUGGAGAAUUGACAUAUAGCAAAAAAGAGGGGGAGAGUUGGAAAGAAGAGAAAGUUCAGCUCCCAUUCAGCAGGACUCCUUUUUCAGCUUUCUUAUGGAUGGGUUAAUAAACAAUAGAGUAAAAGUAAAAGGGUGGUUGAUUAGUUUCUGAUACCAUCAGCCAACUCUGCUCUCAAAUUCUUGCUCAGUAUUUUCCCAGAUGGUGCCUUUGGAAUCGACUCCCUGAAGAACACCUUACUUAUUCUCUUGUAGAACAGCAUCUGAAAUCGUUCGACCAAGGCACCAUUUAAGCACCUAAUUACAUACCCUAGAGAACAUUAUUAACUGUGGAGAAACUUUGUGAAUCUUCUUGUUACCUGCUUAGAGACGUACUGCUUGAUUGAAUCCUCAGUAAGCUCGGAUUUAUCGGAUUUUACAACGAAUGCUACUGGGAUUUCCCCGGCGGCCUCAUUCUCCCAAGUUGUGUAUUAUUAUUACCCGACAACUGCAGCAUCAGAAAUCUCAGGAUGACCAAGAAGUAAGGCUUCGAGUUCAGCAGGGGCAACCUGGAAGCCUUUGUACUUAAUAAUCUCCUUCAACCUAUUGAACAAAAUACAUAUGAGGAAUUUUACAAUACUAUAUAGUAUUGGUGCUAUAGGUUUUUGUCUUUAUGGUACAGCUUGAAAUUGUACCUUUAACGUUAUGGUACAACUUCAGAUUGUACCUAUACUUUUUGUACAAAUUCUUUUAUGGUACAACUUAAAUUUGUACAUUGAUGUGAUGGUACAACUUCAAGUUGUAAAGUUGUACCAUAACAUAAUGAUACAAAUUCCUUUAUGGUACAACCUAAACUUAUACAUUUAAUGUUAUGGUACAACUUCAAGUUGUACAUUAAAGCACCAAUACUAUAUAGCAUAGUAGUAGUGCUCAAUACAUAUUUGUACUGACCAAAAAUUAUAUUUGUACUGAACAAAUAUACACAUUAGAAUAUCAUAUUCGCAUUAAACAAAAUAUGAUAUUUGCAUUGAAUAGAAAACAUAUUUCAUAUAUGUGAUUUCUAUAUUCGUAAUUUUCACAACUCUUAUUCAAAAUAAUAUACCACGUAUUAAAAACCAUAUUCUUACUAAAUAUGAAAGAUAUUGCUACUGAUCACAAAAUAUAUUUGUACAAAACAGAAAUCAGAUUCAGCAUUUUCAAGAACUUGCAUUCUCUACUCUCUCUCUCUUGCAUCAGCUCCGUUUUGGUCCGUGGGCCCAAAAAAGGAGCUUUUUGUCGGCUCCUUUUCAGUUGCUGACCUCACUCUCCACUACUACUUUUUACCAACAAAUCUUGACCCUUAAUUUAAUGGCCUUUUUUUUGGUAGGACUGGCCUAUUUUUUUAGCAUUGCUAUUCAUCGCCCUAAAAUUCAUUAUUUGUCGCCCUAAUUAAAUUAAAUUGACUUAAAUGCCCUUAGUCCAUAUAUUUUCUUUCAAACACUUAAAACCCAACGAAACUGUCGUCGACAAAAUUCCAGCCAUUGCCAGCGAAAUAGCCGUGGCACCAAUGUUGCAUUCUCCAACGACGGCGUCCUUUUUUAUCCAAUGACAACAAUAACCCGAAGAAAUCUAAUGGUAAUAAUCUCGUCUGUUCCAAUGGUGUCGUCCGCAAUACCGAUCAGCCGGUUUCCUCCGAUAGGCCCCUCCGUGUCUACACCGACGGGAUGUACGGCAGCCAAGCGCUACGAAUCGUUUCACUAUUGCAAGUAUAUGGGCUGCUGAAACCAGAAAAAAAUGUCUGGGUCUGGGUUUGGGUUUGGGUCGGGGUCAGGUAUGGUGGGUGAGGAAAGUGGCUGGUGGGGCCCAGAUUGGGGUUAGGUAUGCAGAUUUAGGGGUGGGCAUACGGUUCUGUAAAAUCAAACCGAACCUAACCGAACCGAAUAUAAACCGAACCAAAACCGAAUUAAUGUGAUUCGGUUCGGAAUUCGGAAGAGAAAUGGGCAUAUUUCGGAAACCAGGGUCCUUUCGACCGAACCGAAUUUCCGAAUUUCGAACCGAAAAACCGAAUUAUUAUAAUUGCAAGCUCUAAAUGGUGGAUUUUUAUGCUUCUACUUAUUAUGAGACUUAAAUAUUUGAAUCAUGUUAGUGUUUUAUGACUUAUGUGUUGAAAUGUUUGAUUUUAUCAUUGAUCAUGCAUAUUUAUUGUUUGCAUUAGGGCUGAAAAAUAAUUUAAAAAAGAGAAGAUACAAGCUAACCUCACUAUUUCGGUUUCAUAUGAAAAACCAAACCGAAUUAUAAUUCGGUUUGAACCGACCGAAUCGAAUUAUAAUUCGGUUCGAAUUCGGUUUGAGGUUUGAUAGAAUUCGGGGAUCCGGUAUGUAUAAUUUCGGUUCAGUUUGAACCGAACCGACCGAAUGCCCGCCCCUACCAUGCGAAUUAGAAAGUUUGGGGAAUUGACUUGUUGAGACAUAUAUGAAUAUGAUGGACAGAAUGAAAAAAGUGGUGGGUUAUGGUACAUUUUUGUUUUCAGUUUUUAUUGCACACAUUUUUUUGGGUGCACUCAAUACACCCGCCUCAUAAUUAUCAUUCUGAACAUUCGAUUCGUGUCAAAACGGUAUCAAUUGUUGCUUAUGGUUUAUGAACAAGAAGCACAUGAAUUUGAAAAAAAAAUUACGUUAAUUCAAAGGAUUUAGGGUUAGGGUUUAGGUUUACAUUUUGGGAUUUUGGGUUGGGAUUCAAAAUUAAAGUUUAAGGGGUUAGGGUAAUAGAUUAAUUUGUUAUGAUUCUAUAUCAUAUCAUCAUAUUAGAUUGAAAGUACUAAUUAAAAUUCAAAAUUUGAUGUAUUAUGGACACUUUUAGAGUUGGGUGCACUGAGUGCGCCGAAGUAACCAAUAUAUAUAUAUGGCGAGUUCUACGGUACCCUUGUGGCUUGGUUGAUGGUUUGAUGAUUACAACCCGAGAAUAUCCAAACCAGCCUAUGAUACUAGAUUAUACAUCAAAAUCUUAUAUACUUAAUAUAUAUUCUUCUAACAAUAAAUGUCUUACUUUAAUUGUUUCUCGUGUCUCUAUUUACAUAGUUAGAGUUGGUAAGUUAUAAAGUCAAAUAUUUAUCAAGUGUUUCCUUAACAUAUAUACACUUAUUACUUAUAUUCUCAUCUUCUCUUUAUAUUUAAUUUCUUAGUGUACUACAUUGUGUUAGUAAGUGAAAUACUUUAAAUUUUGUAUUUGUCUAGUAUUAAUAAAACAUGUUACUAUAAUAUUUUUUUUUUUUUUGUUAUUUGAUGUAGUGUCAUAUAUGUAUUAUUCGUAUAUUAUUCAAAAUACAAAUGUUGUUUUCCUAUAAUGGGUAUAAUUUUCAAAACCCGACUAAAAUCGUGACUAAGAAACCUGUCGGAUUUUGAAAUUAAUGGAUGGAUUUAAAUUUACAAUCAUUCAACCCAAAAACUCAUUGAUAGGAUUGUUAAAAAUGAUUAAUAUCGACCCAACCGACGUACGUACAUACCUAGCUAGGAUAAAUUUUUUUUUUUUCUAGCUAGGAUAGUUACGAUGGUUUAGUAAUAAGUAAUAACUAAAACUUGGGCACUUGCCAAUUCGCGGUCUGCAAAUGAGCCAAACUACUCGCGAGCAACUCGAGAUUCGAAUCGGGAAAAAUUCGUUCGAAACUCGAUUCGUUUACUGACGAGCCAAGCUUGAGUUUAGCUUUGUUCAGCUCGCGAGCUAGCUCGACUCGGUGGCUUGUUGUGCUAAACUCGUGAGUUGGCUCAUUUAAAGCUCAUGAGAUGUCUCAACAUUGUGGUUUGAGGGCCAACUUGAUUACCGACUUAUGGACUAAUCGAUCUAAUUUGAACUUUCAUAAUUUAUAGGAUUGUUAAAUUAUAUAUCUCACAUCAUGUGAAGUUAACAUGUUGAACAUGUAAGAAAAUAUGCCUUAUUUUUAAUUCUAUAAAGAAAUUAUGUACAAAAUUGUUUCGAUACUAUGAAAUAACAUGAUUUGAACUAGUUAAAAUUUAUUAACUAAACAAUAUGACACCUAAAAAUUAUAAAAUAAGAUUAAUUAAUGUUGAACAUUUGAUUAUUUUUUUAUCACUACAUCAAUCACAUGUACCAUGCACGACAUACAAAAUGAAUGUAUCAAAUACGAUCUAAGAAUUUAGUAAACAAGCCUAGCUCGAACUCGACUCGGCUCGUUAAUAAAUGGCUCGGGCUCGAGCUCAACUCAUUUGUUAAUGAGUCAAGCUCAAGAUAGGGUAAAACUCGGCUCAGCUCGGUUCAUUUGCAGGCCCUAGUAGAGCUUCACCUACCACCGUUGCCUUUUUAUUUCUUCAACUUCUCCUCUUUUCACUUUUUGAUUUAAGUUUAACUAGUAAGUAAUCCACUUAAUCCUUGCAACUAAAAGAUGUAGUCUUCUACUUUUACUUUUUGAAUAUAUGUUCAUUUAUUUCCAACUUUCAUCGUCUAGUCAAGUUAGGACUCUCAUAUCCAACAUUUAAUGUGUACCUUAAUUUUCAAUAUUUUUAGAGGACUCUCAUAUUCGAAAUUAAUGAGUAAAAUUUAGGGUACAAUUGAAUAGAAAGAUUUGGAUUUGUUAUUUGUGAUUUGGAUUUCUAAAUGUCAAACUCGUAACCAUCACAGAAAUGGAUAAAAUGCUUUUGGUACGACCAUUAUGACCAAUUUGUGAACAUCUAAACAAAAUAAUGCUGGUGACUUUAAUUAAAUAAGAAUACUUUGUUAUUUUUCUUUAAUUUGAAAGUUAAAUAUUGAUGUUACUUGUUUGAUGCAAGUAUAAAUAUUUAGAUGUUUAUUUUAUUUGUUCGAUUCAAGUAUAAAUGUUUAGAUGUUUGGGUUAAAUGUUGUAUUUAAAUAAGAGAAUUUUCAUUUUGUUUGGAAUAUUGUAUUUUAUUCAAAUAUGGAUGUAGAAUUUGAGAGGCUAUUUGCAAAUAUGUUAUAUCUACGUCUAAAUUCAUGUAGUGUUAAUGAUUUCUGUUUCCUUACAUAUUUUGCUAAAACCGACAUGAAUUAACAUAAACCGGUUAUACCACCUGUCGGACCAUACAACUUGCCAAACCAAAAUAACAAUAUAAAUUGGUUUGACAACAUUGAUCAUCAUCAUUGUUAUGGGUUUUUUCUUUCAAAAUUAUGCUAGAUAUGCAUUUUCCGAGCAGAAGCGUUGCGAGAGGAUCAUACAAGGGGUGGGCAUUGAUUCGAUUUGUUCAAACUGAAUCGAAGUGGAGCAUAUCGGGUUUUUUACUUAACCCAUAGUUCAAACCAAAUUUGAACUGAAAUAUAAUUCGGUUCAGUUUGGUCGGACCAAAUUAUAUUCCGGUAUGGUCCAGCUGCCAAACCCUAACCAGAAAUAUUAUCACCUACCACCGCCUCCUCUUUUUCUUCUUCUUAUUCUCCCUUUCCUUAGUGUUUCUCGGUAAGGGUCACGGUCGCCACCAAUUCUUCUCUCCUGCUCUGGCCUCUCCGCUCUCUCCCUUGAUCUCCAACUUCCCUGUCCUCUCUCUCCCUUGAUCUCUAAAUUCCCUCUCUACCUCUAUUGCUCGCUCUACCUAUUUCCUGCUGCCGUCACUAUCACCCUCCUCCAUCGCUACUCUCUCGCUCCUCUGUCUCUCGCUCUCUCGAAAGAAUCUGCAAAAGACUAUAUAUAUCUCGUUGCUCACCUACGAUGUUUGCUAUGCUGCCAGGUCGAAUCCAAAAAUCUGAUGAUCUGGACUUUGCAUGUUGGCGAUCUUCUCUCCUCUUCCGUUGUGGUGUCAGCAUGAAGGAGAAGACGGUGGAGCGAUGGCUGAUUUGAUGGCGGACAGUGAGGCGGUGGCGGCCGCUUUGUGAGGUGAGACGGCAUGCGGUAGGGGCGGACCCAGGGGAGUUUGGACACCCCUAAAUUUUGGGAAAACGAUUAUCCAACCCCCGGUGAUAAUUUACGUAUGGACAAAAAAUUAUAAUUGAUUGUGUAGGACACCCCUGAAAUUUAAAAAAGUGAUUAUUCUACUCUCAUUUUUUUUUUAGUUUAUGUGUGAGAAUAUAAGUGGUAGUUUGGGUAAUUCGAACCUAGGACACUACUAUUAUUAAUAAACAUAAUUUCCAUUA